AUGAUACUCCUGGCAGUAUAUGUUGAUGACCUACUAGUCAUCAGAGCAUCCACUGCACAGAUUCAGUCAGUACAACAACAACAACUUUCAAAUGUGUUCAGCAUAACCAACCAAGGCAACGUCUCCCAUAUCAUUGGAUUAAAUGUAAGGUACAAGCAUGAAGAAUGCACACUCUCGAUUGAUCAGAGUGGAUACAUUGAAGGGAUUCUGAUCAAGUUCAGAAUGGAGAAAGCAUGGACAGCUCUAACGCUGGCAACUGAAUCAAUAAACGACCUCAGACCACAAGAAGGUGACACUGCAAGUGUGGAAGAGGUGUGGCACUAUGCAUCGCUUGUAGGAUCAUUGUUAUGGGUCAUGCAAGGCAGUAGACCUGAUAUUGCUUUUGCCAUUGGAAGGUGUGCAUGUUUUGUGGCAAACCCAUCCAGGGAGCACCUAACAGCAGCCAAGCACAUAUUGAGAUAUCUCAAGGGUACCAUAAAGUUGGUCUUCCAAGCUCCAACUGAUGGUAGUGAACAGUUCAGUGGAGGCAGAAUAUGUGGCACUAGCAGGGGUGGCAAGGGAACUACUGUGGAUGACAAUGUUCUUACAUGA